AUGAAUUUAAGCGUUGCCGUUGGCGGUGCUUUAAUGGACAAACCUUAUGACGAAGCCUAUGAACUCAUAGAGAACAUGACUCAAAAUCAUUUCCAAUGGGGAAGAGAACGUGUUGCUGUAGAGAAACCAAUUACGAAAAGCGGAAUGUAUGAAGUCAAUGGCAUAGACUGCGUCAAUGCUAAAGUGGAUGCGCUUACUCAAAAGUUUGAAAGCUUGGCCAGAACACCAGUAGCUACUGUAGCUGCUAUAACACCAAACUGUGAAUUAUGUGGAACCCCUGGGCACACUAAUAUUGAUUGUCAGUUAUUAGCUGGUGUACCCACCGAUCAAGUGAACUAUGCCCAAGGAAACCCAUAUUCAAACACAUACAAUCCUGGUUAG